GUAUGGGGAUGACAGAAUGUAAAGAAUGCCAUUAGGCUUCAUUAGAAGAUCAAUUACCAUAACCUUUUUAACUAUCAAUAAGAGGAAGAUCUCAUUUAAUUUCUAUCACGUCUUAUUAAGGAGAAGUUAAAACAGUAAUUCUAUAUAAUAUAUUAUAGUUAUCUGUGGAACCGAAUUUAGAGAUUGCCUAUCCACUUACAUAAGAAGAAUUAGUUGAAUAUGAAGAAUAAUUGAAAGCACCAAUUAAACAAAGACUAUAAGAACUUGAACCUUUGCAAAUCAGACCACUUAAAUCAGUAAAACAAAAAGUUAUUAUGAUAGUAUGAAUAUUCAGAGAGAGCAUAUAAAUUAAAAAAAACAUAAUCGAUUUAUUUAGGAUAAUGGAAUAAUGGAAUACCAUAAGGUUUUGGUAUUAUAAUAAAUCCGAUUGAAAAUUCAUAUUAUGAGGGAUCUAUUUUGGGAGGUAAACCUCAUGGAUUUGGAAGAAAAAUUUAUUCAUAAGGAAACUAUUAUUAAGGUAGACUUAUUGUAUCAUUUUAUAAAGGUGAAUUUGAAUAUGGAAAAAUAUCUAAUCAAGGUUUAGUUGUAAUAGGAAAGGAGAAAGAUGAUACAAAAGAAUUAAAUUAAAACGAGUAUUUACAGUCAAUUAAUCAAAAUAUGAAAAUUGAUUCUAUAUAAACUGAAAGAUCUUAAGUAAUGAGUUCGAUAAAAAAAUGA